AAGAACGCAAGAAACAACUUAAACAUCCUGUUAAUUUAAUUACGAGUACAAUCUGCGAGUACAUAAGUCUUGAAUUAAUACAUAAUAUAUGCAGACAUAAAAAUAAAAAGUGACGUUGAAGAUGUCUUUGAGGGCAAUAAAAUAUGAAAAUAACUCAUUAGAAAUUUUGGAUCAACUUCUUUUACCGGUUCAGUCUAAAUAUAUUCAAGUUAAAGGUGUUGAAGAUGGUUGGAAGGUCAUUAAUAAGAUGCAGGUUAGAGGAGCACCAGCGAUAGCCAUUGUAGGAUGUCUAAGUUUGGCUGUGGAAUUAAAGGCUGAGAAAUUUGAAUCUAAGAAACAAAUGAGACAAGAAAUCGAAGGAAAAUUAAAUUAUUUGGUUUCCUCGAGACCUACAGCCGUUAAUAUGAAAAUAGCUGCGGAAGAAUUGAUUGACUUAGCUAAUCAAUUGAGUAAAGAUGAGGCUGUUACGCUGGAUGAAAUGAAAUCAAAGUUCCUAAAAACUAUAGAAGAUAUGCUAGCCAAAGACAUAGCUGAUAAUAAAGCGAUCGGGGAUUAUGGUGCUAAAGAAGUUUUAUCUCGAGUUUCUGGGGAUAGUCUUGUUAGAAUUUUAACUCACUGUAACACGGGUUCUUUAGCUACUGCAAACUAUGGAACAGCUUUAGGAGUCAUUCGAACUCUUCAUGGAAUGAAGAGAUUAGAACAUGUUUAUUGCACUGAAACGAGACCAUACAAUCAGGGGGCACGUUUAACUGCUUAUGAACUUGUCCAUGACAAAAUUCCUGCAACGUUAAUUGUGGAUAGUAUGGUAGCUGCAGUUUUGAAGCAUAGGAAUAUUACUGCAGUCGUUGUUGGAGCAGAUAGGAUUGCUGCAAAUGGAGAUACAGCAAACAAAAUCGGAACGUAUCAGAUUGCUGUUCUGGCAAAGCACCAUGGGGUGCCGUUUUAUAUAGCUGCACCAUUUACUUCUGUGGAUUUGUCCAUACCUAGUGGUGAUCAUAUUGUAAUUGAAGAACGUCCGGAUAGGGAGAUGACUCAUGUCGGAGAGCACAGAAUUGCUGCAAAAGGAAUUGCCUGUUGGAAUCCUGCUUUCGAUGUGACUCCUGCAUCGCUUAUAGCUGGCAUCAUUACAGAAAGAGGAGUGUACCGACCCGAACAGUUGAAAGAUCAGUUGGCCGACACUGGUUCCUAAAAAACUGUCAUAGUUCAUUGAAUUUGUCGAAUAAGAAUACCUACCUAUUUUUGGAUGAUUUUACAAAUAAAUUGUGUUGUGAAACUUAAAUUAUUUUACAGUUAUUUUUACAAUAAGUCUAUAACUGUCAAUACUACUGGUACUUAAACACGUUCGCAGGCUAUUAUAUUAAAAUAGUACAAAAUGUACAAUAGGUUUUUUUAUAUGCGUCACAACUUUAUAUACAAAUUUACAUUUUUUC